GGCGAACAACGCACCAUUCGCUGCCAGACGUGCGGAGUUGAAGCAACAACAAAUAAGAGUGGUCCCUGGGCAGAGAUUCAAAACGAACCGACAAGGAAUCCCUAGAUACAUACACACACAAUAAAAAGACCACCAUGGGAGGCUGUUGCUCAAAGGACCUGGACGACAAGCGCUCCUGGAGCCCCGAGGAGACCAAGAAUGGCAGCACCACAUCCACCAUCAUUGCCCAGCCCCUGGACGAGGUGGGCAGCACUGGGGUAUUCACACUGACGCGCACUACAACGACUAGCACGCGUCAGGAGAAGACGGUGACCACCACCAACCAUGACGAGCCGGAGGAGUAGUCGGUGCACUAGUCGUAGUAGCUGGAGCUGAGCUGCCAAAUAUUUAAAAUAAGAACCCGCUCCUUAUUUUCAAUCUGUUUU